AGAGGUUUCCCAGGACUGCCAGGUCACCCUGGACUGAAAGGCCUUAAGGGUCAUGCAGGUCUUCUAGGAGCGAGAGGUCAAUCUGGUGCUGCUGGGUCAAAGGGCCCAUCAGGUACUCCUGGUGGAAUGGGGCCCCCUGGUCCUGCGGGGCCAGCAGGAAUGCAAGGGGAGAGAGGAAGGAGUGGCCCAACUGGACCUGUGGGGAAACGUGGUGAAUCUGGACAUAUUGGGAAAGCAGGACCACAGGGUCCUAUGGGGAUCACUGGAGCUCUAGGAUUCCCAGGUAGUCCAGGUAUAAAGGGGCAACCAGGGCCCCCAGGAGCACGAGGGACAGGAGGCCAGCAAGGACAAAGAGGGGAGGCCGGACGCGGGGGAUUGGCUGGAGCUAUGGGAAUUCCUGUGUUUGGCUAA